AAAUCCUGCGGAAAGGUCUCUGCCUACUGUUUGCUAGUUCCCUAAUUUGUCACGUACUAGCGCAACCGCGACUUGCGGCUUUAGCAGCCAGAGUGCAAUUUCCUCCCAGCCUAGGUCUCACCCUCCUUGAGGUCGCCUGGGUUCUUGUCGUGAACCAGCCGUUGGCUAGUCGUAACCGCGUGCGAAGCGGGGGACCAGUUAUCGGGCAUAACGCGUCUACAGCGAUGAUCACAUACGAGGAGGAGGAGCGCAAGGGAGCGAUAGUCGAGGCCCUCACACACUUCUCGCUGCUAUCAGCCAAUGCCAUGGCGACAGGUGUCACCACCACACGCAUGCGGCUACAGCUCAUGAAGGAGUACUCCGAAACACCUGACUUGUGGUUGCAGGAGGAGAGUGAGCCACCAGUGCCAGACACCAUGAACCCAGACCUACUCCGUUACAUUGUAACCCACGACCCCCGCCUCUCCCCCUCACCCUCCACCCGCCCCUCCACCUCCUCUCCCCCCAACCCCUCCUCUCCGCCCCUCUCCCCCUCCUCCUCCGCCUCCCCUCCCUCCACUCCCCCGCCUCACUCCCUCACUCACUCUCGCUCGCUUGCGGCCAUGCAGACAAGAGGACGGAUGGGGGGGGAGGAGGGAGGAGAGGAGGGAGAGGAGGAGGGAGAGGGUGUGGAGGAGGGGGUUUCGGUGGGGUCUGAUAUGGAGAUAGAUGGGAUGGUAGAGGAAGAGGAGGAAGAGGAGGAAGGGGAGGAAGGGGAGGGGGAUGGGGAUGGUGGAAGGGUGGAGAGGGAGGAAGCAGAGGAGGAGGAAGUGGAGGAAGAGGGAAUGGGGUGGGGAGCGACAAUCAGAAGAUCAAGGUCGAACCCGCUCUUGUGAAGCGUGCUUCCCUUUCUGGGCAGCGCGCAUCUGUUGUGAAAGGGCUCAUGGGGUGGGGUGGGGUGGGGUGGGGUGGGGGGAAGCAAGAAUCAGAAGAUCAAGGCCCAACUGUCUCUUGUAGAGUGCUUUUCCGUCCUGCUCUUCCAGUCGGGUGCUUUCCUUUAGAAUUCUCAGAAAUGUCAUGGCUGCGCGUGGAGCCAGCCAAAAGCACACAUGUGAAUUCAUGGCCAUGGGGUGCCAGGAUACCCUCUUUGAUUUCCUGUCUAGCUCCUCCUCUCUUUGAAGGGUAGGAGAGGGUUUGCUCUCAACUCUUAUGUACAGUACCUUCUUGUUGAGUGACCCGCUGGGGUUGCCCUUGAGAUCCUCGGGGAAGGGCCAUAGGUGCAGAGCCUGGGGGGCUAUGGGCGCACUUACCCGCUAUUCAACAAGCCCUUUUAACCCAGUGGUUAGUGGCUGGGUUUCUGACACUUCUCUCCCUUUGCAGGGGUGCUGUCUCGGGGUGUUCAUCCCACUGUAUCUGCUGUGUGCCAGUUGUAGAUGACUGGUGUUCGCUUUUGCCUCAUGAUUUAGCUUGUUGGAAAUUAUAAAAGGACUUUCCUAUCGUCCAGGAUCAGGAUCAGGAAAACGGGACUGAUCCUGGCGGGCAACCUAGAACGCCAGGAUCAGCUCGGCCUUGUAGCCACGUCAC